AUCUCCUGGCUCUCUGGCGGCUUGCAGUUGAAAAGGGGCCACUACCCUGGUCCAGACUCUCCCCAUCUUCAGCCUCUGCAGAGUCAACUGGGAUGGCCACUAACCAAAGGACGCCCUACAGACCCUGGUCGUUGCUUCCAGCAGCAGACUGAACUUAUCUCCAGAGGAAGUAAGGGAUUGGCAAGACCUGGGAAGUCACCGAUUGCAUUUACUGGGGAGCAAGAGAUUUGGCUGCAUUGCUCAGCAACACAACAGCUGGAUCCUGUAGGGGAUGAAGCAGCUAUCGGUGCAAAGAUCCCAAUAGCUGAGAGCACCAUCCCCUGUGGUCUGACAAUCGAAAACAUCAAAGUUUAUCUCCAUGAAAAAGAACUAUGGAAGAAAUUUCAUGAAGCCGGCACCGAAAUGAUCAUAACCAAAGCAGGCAGGAGGAUGUUUCCUAGUUACAAGGUUAAAGUAACCGGAAUGAACCCGAAAACCAAGUACAUCCUGUUGAUCGACAUCGUCCCAGCUGACGAUCAUCGGUAUAAAUUCUGCGACAACAAAUGGAUGGUGGCUGGAAAGGCGGAGCCUGCAAUGCCUGGACGGCUGUAUGUUCACCCGGACUCGCCCGCCACAGGAGCUCACUGGAUGCGGCAGCUGGUGUCAUUUCAGAAGCUGAAGCUCACUAAUAAUCACCUUGAUCCCUUUGGACAUAUCAUUCUCAAUUCAAUGCAUAAAUACCAGCCGCGGCUGCACAUUGUGAAGGCAGAUGAAAACAAUGCCUUCGGGUCGAAGAACACAGCCUUCUGCACACACGUGUUUCCUGAAACAUCCUUUAUAUCAGUGACCUCCUAUCAGAAUCAUAAGAUAACCCAGCUGAAAAUUGAAAACAACCCAUUUGCCAAGGGAUUCCGGGGAAGCGACGACAGCGAUCUGCGUGUGGCACGGCUACAAAGCAAAGAGUACCCUGUCAUUUCCAAAAGCAUCAUGAGGCAGAGGCUGGUGUCCACUCAUGGGCAGCUCUCAGCAAAGCCUGAUGUGAACCCACUCCAUGGGAAUCACCAGACCCUUCAACAUUAUCAGUAUGAGAACGGGGCUCACAUGCAGUUUGCAGCUUCAGAUACUCAAGAUCUGUCUCUCAACACCUUCACAGCUCAGAGGGAUUCAGGGCUUUUCUACCACUGCCUAAAAAGAAGAGAAACUGCUCGGCAUCUCGACCUGCCCUGCAAGCGCUCCUAUCUGGAAGCCACCUCCUCCGUCGGAGAAGACCAUUAUUUCCGUUCACCACCUCCGUAUGACCAGCAGAUGUUAAGCCCUUCCUAUUGCAGUGAGGUGACACCUAGGGAAGCGUGCAUGUACUCUAGUUCUGGGGCUGAAAUCGCAGGCGUCUCCACAGUCGAUGACUUGCCGCCCCCGCCUCCCCCUUUGAGCUGCAAUAUGUGGACUUCGGUUGCACCUUACACCAGCUACAGCGUUCAGACAAUGGAAACUGUGCCUUACCAGCCUUUCCCUGCGCAUUUUACGGCCACCACCAUGAUGCCACGGCUCCCCUCCAUCACAAGUCAAGGCUCGCAACCACCAGGUAACAGCCACUUCAGCGUCUACAAUCAACUCUCACAGUCUCAGGUUCGGGAGCGAGUUCCUUCUUCAUCUUUCCCGCGAGAAAGGGUGCACCCAGCUGUGUGCGAGAGGAAACCCCCGUCUCCACACCUAAACGCAGCAAAUGAAUUUCUGUACUCACAAAGCUUUUCGCUGUCGAGAGAAUCUUCAUUACAGUAUCAUUCAGGAAUGGGAACUGUGGAAAACUGGACUGAUGGAUGAUUCUGGUGUCUGAGUAAUGAAACAGUUAGCUUUCCUGCUCCAGGACAAUGUUAAUUCGGUGUUAAUACCUGUGGGUAACUUGCACUUCAGUGAAACCUACACAAAUGCGCAUUUCCAAGGAUUGUGCGUGUAUGAAGCGCUCGUAUCUUUGCACACGCAAACAGUUCAGUGGAAAGAACAAUUCUUUUCAAAAUAACCCUUGGCUCAAUGGCCUGGAUUCAUCAAUCUCUUACUAACUUCUAAAUAAAGUCAGUCCUCCCACCUCCCUUAGCCAAGAACCAGCUCGUUGACGAAGGAAGCGAAAUGUGCCAAUCAUUUUCCUUUCAUUAAAAUACUAUAUGCUCAUAGUAAGUCUUGGCUACUUGUGAAAAGUAUGACCUUCACUUUCACUGUAUGUUGUGUGUUUAUCAAGUCACAGAAUAAUAAGGCUUAGAGAUGGAAAUGGUCUAUUAGCUCACAAUGUCUGCUGUAACAGCAGCAAUGUCUGCUUUUAACUCUUUUUAUCCCCAGAGCUGAAGUACUUCCCCUUCUCUUAUGCUAAAGUAUUAUCCCCACUUUUCCAGCUGGGGCAACAAAGUGAAGUGAGAAACUCAUGUCUUUUGAUUCUCUGGGUAAAAGCAGAUGUGGCAUUUGAGUCAGUCCUGACUGUUCCGAGUCAAACCUGGGAGCAGCAUAGUCCUUUAGACACUCAGCGUGUCCCUGGAACAAAUGCCAGUUAGCCUCGAUGGAAAAAAGUGCUCUCACAUACAUUUCACAGGUACUAGAAGUGGGGCAAAGGGGCUGUACCUCUGCAGGCUCCCAGGAGAAAAGGCUCUGUCCCAAGGGAAAUGCAAUGUCUGUGCUUAUUCCCCCAGCUCCUGGCUGUAUCAGCUCAAGUUUUCUGAUCCUGUUUAAAAAAUGUAAAUGAAAUGAAAAAAUGUAACAAUUUUUUUUUAACAGAGAAAAAUUCUUAAGCCACUCUUGACAUUGGGUGACAGACAAAUAUCAGUGGAACAGGUAAAGCCUGAAAUCACUACAUAUAAUUACUGUGGGAAGGAUACUGCUGGGAUUUUCUGUGGAACAAAACUCCCAUUGUCUUCAGCAGAGUAGUACAAACAGGGGCAGAGAUUGCAUCUUCCUAUAAGUUUGUACAGCACAUAGUCUGUGGACACCGGUCCAAUAAUAAUGGGAAUUUGGUUCCAUUAAGGAACAAAGAAUUUAGUCCAUUGCCUUGAUUAGUAUAUUUUUCCUGCUUCUCAAGGAAUGAACAAAUGGGUGGAGGACAUAAAAAAAA